AUGUCUUUAUGGGUAGAUAAAUACAGACCGAAGACGUUAUCACAACUAUCAUAUCAUGACAGUAUAACUCAAAACUUACGUGCACUUUCCAAGUCAGGUGAUUUCCCACAUCUUUUAGUUUAUGGACCCAGUGGAGCAGGAAAGAAGACGAGAAUAUACUGCACGUUACAUGAGAUAUUUGGAUCAUCGGUCGAAAAGCUCAAAAUCGAUGUCAAAAACUUUGUAACUACGUCCAAUCGAAAAUUAGAGUUUAACGUGUUGAGUUCCCCUUACCAUUUGGAAAUCACGCCUUCAGACAUGGGUAACAAUGAUCGUGUCGUGAUUCAGGAUUUAUUGAAAGAUGUCGCCUCAACGGAACAAGUUGAUUUCGGGAACCAAAGCAGUAAGAAACAUAGAUUUAAGGUUGUAAUUAUCAAUGAGGCAGAUUCAUUAAGCAGGGAUGCACAAGCAGCGUUGAGAAGAACAAUGGAAAAGUAUUCGUCAAAUAUUAGAUUGAUUUUGGUUUGUAACUCAAUCUCAAACAUUAUUGCCCCUAUCAAGUCCAGAACUUUGUUGGUGAGAAUACCCAGUCCUUCAAUUGAAGAUAUCAGCUCUAUUUUAGGUCAUGUUGCAGAGAAGGAACAUGUCAAGUUUUCAUCAACCAAUGGUCAAGAUGUUGAUCAAUUCUACAAUCAGGUGGCAACUACGAGUAAUCGCAACUUGAGAAGAUCCUUGUUAGCGUUUGAAACUAUAUAUAUGCAAAACGAAACCAUCAAUGUGAAACAAUUGCAUUCAGUUAUUGUAUUGGAUUGGGAAACUGUUAUAAAGAAUAUGGCUAAAACAAUAACCAAUAGUAGAACAGUUGCAACAUUGGCCAAAUUGAGAACUGUAUCCUAUGAGUUGUUAUCACAUUGUAUCCCGGCAAGAACAAUAUUGAAGAAUUUAUUGUUCGAAUUGAUCAAUUUGGCGAAAGGAAAAACGGCCUUGAUUCAAGAAAUUGUAAAGAUUGCAUCUACUUUUGAUGAGAGGUUGAGUCUUGGACAAAAGAGUAUCUUUCAUUUGGAAGGUUUUGUGGCAAAGACAAUGGUUGCAAUUGAUACCUAUAGUUGA